AAACCACUCAUAUAAUACAUUUUGUAUAAUAUAUAAUCUUAGUUUGUGGAUAUCAUUUAUGUAUUGUAUAAUAUAAACAAAACAUUGACAAUUUUCCUUAAUUUUAAUAAUAUAAAUUAUUAAAAUUAAAAUACAAGACAUAAUAAUAAAACAUCAUCAAUUAUAUAAGUUAUUUAAAUUGAAUGAAUUAUCUAUAUCAAUAUGGUUGUAUGUGAAUAUUCCUCUUCUUUUUAAAUUAAAAUUGAUUUUUGUUUUUAUUUUUAAUUUGUAGAAAAUCGCAUUGCAGAUUAAAGCAAAUUUAGAGAAUGUGACUGAACUAACACCUGAUGGUGAAGACUUCCGAUGGUAUUUAAAAGUAUGAUAUUCAAACAUACCUAAUAAUAUAUACAAAUUUAACGUAUUUAAUAUUUAUAAGUAAUUAGUUUGGAUCUCAGGGAAAAAACCUGUUCAAAAUUUCCCCCUUCAAUAAAAAAAAUCUUUAACUGGUGUUAAAAUCUUAGUAUGUUUAAUUUUAGUUAUUUUAAGUAAACUAUCUUUUAAGUAAAAAUAUGAUUUAAUAAAUUUCCUAUUAUAUUUUCUUUUAUUAUUUAUUGAAUAUUGAAAUUUGUGAUACAUGAAGAACAAUAUUUCUAACUGGAUAUAAACGCAUUUUAAGUAGAUAGUUAUAACAUGCAAGUUUGCAAAUUUUUUAUUUUUUCCUUAACUACUUAGAUAUUGGGUACUUUUAAUUUUUUUACCUCUAUGGGCCUCAAAAAAAGAUUUCCCGGGCAUCUGUAAGUUUAAAUCUGGCCCUGGUUAUAUUUACAAAGUUCACUAAAGCUUUUGAUAGAAUUAACCUUAGUAUCCUUCAAGUCCUCUGUAAAUUUAGGCUUGGUGAUCUGCUAUUAUUUUACCUUGAAUCUUACCUAUUCGAAAGACAUCAAUGGGUGAAAAUUAAUGGUUGUAAAUUUUACAUCUCACCUAUCUCAUCAGGGAUUUCCAAAGGUGGCCAUCUUUUACCUCUACUUUUUGCUCUUUUUAUUAACAGUAUAAAAAAAAUAAUCCCAAGUACAAUAUCCUCACAUUUUUACAUCACUUAAAAAUCUACCAUCGAAUAAGCAACAUCUUCAAUAGUCAUCUACUCUAAGAUGAGCUUAAUACCCUUAUCAAAUAUUUUGACUUUAUUGGUUUGUAUUUGAAUGUGGACAAAUGCCAAUCCAUAUCAUUUGACCAAUGUCGUUCACUAAUUAAUCAUACUUAUUUGAUAAAAAAUAUGACUAUACCAUCUACAAAAAGGAUCUGAGUGUUAUCUUAUACUGAGACCUUAGUUACCAUUCUUACAUUAUACCAAUAAGUUGCCCUGGGAUUCAUAAAACUGAUAUUGUCUGACUUCAAGCUCACCUCUUCAAUAAAGGCCUUUUAAUGCUCAUUAGUUUGGCCCCUGCUUGAUUAUGGAUCAAUCCUGUGGGACCCUUACACACUAUUAGACUUUGCUACCAUAGUACGAGUCUAAUGGCGUUUUUAUCCUACACAAGUUAAAUACUAAAUAUACCCCAACCCUUACAUAAUUAUUUUUCAUUCUCUAUGAGUUAAGUUUGUUAACUCUAGCUGAUAGAAGAAUAAACAGCAACAUAAGGUUCUUUUAAAAUCUUAUUGGCAGUUCUUCUGAUGCCCAAUCGCACCUUCCCCUUAUAAACUUUUUUGUUUCUCCACAUCCAACCCGCUCUAUAACUAUAUUGAUUUAUUUUAUAUUCCUAAACACUACUAAUUACAGUCAAAAAAAUAAUUGACCCAUUAAUGUGUCUAGUCAAUACCGAUUUCUUCAUUACUUCAUUUCUGUUGUAAUCUGGUUACCUAGUUCCGUCUCAAUUUAUUUUAUUUAAUUAAUAUUAUAUAAUUUAUUAUAUAUAUAUACAUAAUUUAAUAUUAUAAUAUUAUAAUUAAUAAUAUAAUAAUAAUUAUUCAAUUAAUUUUUUUGAAUACAAUUUUAAUAAAAUAAUAAAGUUAAAACAAAAUUAUUAAAAUUGUUUAUACUCAUAAAUAAAUAAAUAAAUAAAUGAUGCUAUAAUACUACAUGAUUCUAAUCAUCAUUAUUCAAAAAAAAUAUAAUUUUUUAAUUCAAUAUUCUGUAGACUUGAAAAUAUUCCAUUAAAUUAACAUAAUUAUCAACACGAGUUCAAUAUGAUAAUAUAUCUAUAAUUUAUCUCAUAGAAAUAAUUUCAAUUUAAAUAAUAUUAAAAAAUUCAAUUUCUUAUUAAAGAAAAAAUAAUACACAACUAACCAAAUAAUGUUGUUGACUAUUGUAGUAUAAAAUAUAAAAAUAAUAUGUCAAACAAAUUCGCUAAAAUUCUGAACAAUAAUAUAAAUAAUGUGAAAAUUGCUUUUAAGACUAAUAACAAUUUAAUUAAACAUAUAAACAAUGGAACUAUAAACUUCACAAAAAAUCCCCUUUUUUUUGAAAAUGUUUUAGAAAAUAACCAUAAUAUAAGCUUUGAUAUUAAUACAGACUUAGAGAUAUUAAAUACCCAAAAUUACAUUUACAUUAAUUCAGUUAUAGAAAAAUUUCAUAUAUACAAUGAAAUAAAGAAAAAUAAUUUUAAUAUUUUAAAUGUACAAAUCAAUUUUUAUUUCUUAACAUAUCCAUGUCUAAUAAUAACCCAUUUUAAAUAGUCUUUCCUAUUAAAAUAAAUUAUUUCUAUGUAAAAUGACCAAUUUGUAAAAAUUUUUUUUUCUAUGUAUUCCUUCAUUUAAUUUUUUAAAUUCAGUCAAGUUUUACAUGUUAACUGCAUUAUACCUGAUGAUGAAUUUUUAAUUCAAAACCGAUCAUUUUGUACAGUUAUAAUACUCCAGACGGUGCAUUUAUUCAUUUUUUUUUUUUUUUUUUAAUAUAUAUACAUUUUUUAUUCAUAUAUUUAUUUACUAUAUUUAAUUAAAUAUUUAUUCACAGUUUCAGUGCACAAAUUGUGGUGAAGGAUCUGACAAAUGGACAUACUUAUCUGAAAGUGUUGGUAUUUUUAAAAGUUUAUUAAUGUAUUAUAUAGUUCAUUCAGAUCCCUUAUUUAAUAUUUUUAUUUUUCAGGAAAAAGUUUCAAUGAAAGGAAGUAGAGGUGAAGCAAAUUUAGUUAUAAAAUGUAAAUUGUGUUCUAGAGACUGUUCAAUAGGCAAGUUUAACAAAGAUAAAUAUUUAUAUUUAUAAAUCAAGUUCUAAGUAUAUUUUUAUUUUCAGACAUUUUACCUAACACUAUUUCUAAAUACAUGGUAGAAGAUUCAAAUAUAUUUAAAAGUAUUGUUGCAUUUGAUUGCCGGGGUGUAUCAAUCACUGAUUUUUCACCCAGAAAUGGAUUUAAAUGUCGUGGAGUUGAAAGUAAUACUUUAUUUGAAGAUGUUAAUUUAGAGGAAAGAGAAUGGGUGGAUUAUGAUGAAAAACAAAAUCAGCCUGUCGGAAUUUAUGAAGUUCAGCAUCAGUUUGUAGUUACUAAAUGAAAGCUGACAUUUUUAAUUUAAAUGUAACUUUGAAAUAAUAUGUAAUAUAAACAUAAACUUAAAGUAAUUUAAUCCAUUUAUUUAUUAACUACUUAAUUAAUCUAGGAACAUAAUAUAGCAACAAAAUAAUAUUAAAAUUAUAAAAAAUGAUGACUAACUAAAAUUUUAAAUAGUUCAUUCUGAUGAUCAAUCUUCAUCUUCUUCAUCACUAAUUUCACUUACCUAGAAUAAAAAUAUGAAUUAUAAAAUUACAAAAUCUGAUAUGUAUCAUACAUACUAAAAAUUAAUAUAAAACUUACACUAAUUAGGCCGAUUUUAAAUGAAUAUAUGACCAUUGUAAUGAUUGUGAAUAAUCCAAUAAAAACAUUUUUUGUCUCAUCUUUUUUAUACCAAGGUAUAAUAUUCAUUUGUUUAGAUUCUUCUAUUUUUUUUCUCUCAUUACAUUUAUGUGCUUGCCAGUCAAUUUUAAAAUAUUCUCUUGUAAUUCUGUCUAUCCACAUACACAAAUUUUUACAAGUUGUCAAAUGUGAUUGUAAUUUAUUGUCAAUUAGAGGUGCUUUUAAUAAAGGCCCCAAAUAACUAUAAGCAACAGCAUCUAAUAAUGUAGGAUGUGAACCGAAGAAAUAAAAAUUGUUGCCCAAACGAUUCUCUAAGCCAUUCAUACAUUUAAUGGCUUCAGCAUAUAUCUAAAUAAUACAUUUUAUUAGCAAUAAAAUAUAAUUAGAAGUAUUUUAAUUAUUUUACUUCAGUCAUAAUAUCAUUGUCUGAAUCUAGAUGAUUAUACAAUGUAUAUAUUUUUUGCUUAGCUGCCCUCUCAUAAGCACUUGGAUAAUACCAAUUAAAUGGAAAUUUUAAAGCAUUUCUAUAUAAUGGUCUAGUAAAAUUGAGACAAUUAGUUUCGUCCAUCCACCUGUAUAAUAAAAUAAGUAUAAUUUGUAUAAGUGCCUAAGUAUUGAAAAUACAAAUAUUUAAUUAAUUGAGUUAAAUUACCAAGCAAACAAUAAUGCAGGCUCAAGUUGAGCAUCUAUCAUGCUAAUGACUGCAUGUUCUUCAGCUAAUUGAAGACCACUAAGGCCAAAAUUUGGUGUAAGAUUCUUAAAAUAAAAAAGUAUUAAAUUGUUAGAUAAAACUUGGUGUAGUUUUAUAUAUAGUAAUAAUAAAUAAAUAUACCUGUUUAUCAAGACACUCAAUUAAACUAUCACGAUUUAAUAGUAAUCGUUUAUUGUAGCUCACUAUGGGUAAAUGGCCAGUUGUGGAUUUGAAUGGAUUGUUAGAGAGAUUUAUAUUAAUAGGCGCAUUUGUAAAUCUGGCAAAAGCCUAAACAGAAAAAUAUUUUAACACUAUAAAAAUGUUUAUUUAAUUAUACAUUUUUAAGGAAAUAAAGGAAAAUAAUGUACCAAGACUUCAAUGCAUUUAUAAUCAAUAGACGGCAAACCCCAAUCGCCUUUCCAGCUUUCUACUUCUAACUGAGGAAACUUAAACAUGAUUAGAGUGAUUAGAUUAAAUGUAAAUUUUAAAUUGGAAUAAAGAUUCAAAAUUUAGAAUUUGCAAAAAAUUAAAAAUAAAUAUAGUUAAAUACUAUAUAUUUAAUUACAUACAUUUAUUUAUUAAUUUAUUGUAUUAUUAUUAGAUAGAAUAUAAACAUGAAGAUCCAUCAAACCAAUAGAAUAGAAUUUUGAAUAAAAAAAAUAAAAAAUGUUUAAAUUGACAAUUAUAUUUCACAAGUUCA